AUGCCACGACAUUAUCAUUACCAACCCAGUCGCGAACUCCAUGUGGUAGUCCUGGGAGCAGGCGGCGUGGGCAAAAGUUGUUUAACUGCCCAGUUCGUCCACAACGAGUGGAUCGAGAGCUAUGAUCCCACCAUAGAAGACUCUUAUCGCACGCAGCUUCAGGUUGAUGGACGUCAAGUUAUCCUCGAAAUCCUCGAUACUGCGGGGACCGAGCAAUUCGGUAGGUCCUCUAUGUCUCAACAACUUUCGCACGACCCUCGUACUGAUGUUGGUACAGUCGCCAUGAGGGAUCUGUACAUGAAAACCGGCCAAGGCUUUCUUCUUGUGUUCAGUAUCACAUCGUCUUCCUCCCUGAGCGAACUGGCAGGUUUGCGUGAAGAAAUUAUCCGGAUAAAAGACGACGAAAAUGUACCUCUUGUUAUUGUCGGUAACAAAGCCGAUUUGGAGGAGAAUCGCGCUGUGCCCCGAGCCAAGGGCUUCUCCAUCUCACAACGAUGGGGCGCACCCUACUAUGAGGCUAGCGCGAGGACAAGGACCAACGUUGAUGAGGUUUUUAUCGAUCUCUGCAGGCAAAUGUUGCGAAAAGAGGACGAACAACACGCGAAUGACGGACCCAAUGACGACUACAAGUAUGAUCACGGCCGGAGUUCUCAUAGACGUCAACGACGUCGCCGAAAGAAGGACUCACCGCGAUGUGUGAUCCUGUGA